UCUAGUGCGGCUUCUAGACACGGGACUUUUAUCGGACCUGUCAGAUGUACCAGACGAUAGUGGCGAUGAAGGUAAAAAUGACGCAGAGUCAGUAGAAGAAGUAGCGGGGAAGACGAUGACCACGACGUCGCAAAUAUUACCUCCGCUUCAAAGCAUAUUCGCCACAGAAUCUGAUACCACUAAAGCGACAAGAACAACAAUUACUACAACUUCUAACGAGGAACAGCAUCAAGAAGUACCAGUGCAGUUAGAGCCCUCGAUGAAGUCAACAAAGUUUGAAGUUGACGAAUGUGUUUGUGAACACUAGGACUGUAUAUUUUCACCCUUGUGGUGAUGCGCUUUUUUAUAUAAUUCCCGGCCUGUUUCAGUUGUGCAAAUCGUGAAGGUUUUGCAUGAUUCUCAUGCGGUUGCAAAGUUGUCAAAUGUGUGGACCUUCUUGUUCAUAAGUAUCACGAUAAGGAUCCACAUCAUUAGCAUGGUACUCCAGUGGUGUGAUCUUUGUCACUAUGGGACUGCAACGAUUUCCAUCAUGUUCAUGCUGUUGAUGAUCUUCAUAUUCAUGAAAGUACUAGGAUCAUCGUGCUCAUCUUCUUCGUCUUCUUAUUUCUAUCAUUUGCAGAACAGGGGAACUGGAUCAUAUCCCCCCUUAAUCUAUACUCCAUCUAAUGAAUGACGUGUAGAUUACAAUAAAAAUAGUGGUUGCAAGUUCGACUGUAUUCCAGCGAAUGAAUACAAUACGGAAAAAACAUGAUGCAUGUUAUGACUGAAGAUGAAUAAUUUUUGUUGCACAAUAUUAGAAACAUAGGCUAUUUCUACGUAGCCAAGUAUGAGACUUAGAGUUCUUCUCCAAAGUCUUCUUCAACAACAUUCUCAAUGUUGUUUUGUUCUUCUCCGUUUUCCUCAGGGGCAGCGGCUGCUUCCGCCGGUGCUGCCUCUGCUGGUGCUGCUUCUCCCUUUUUUCUGGCUUUCUUCAGCGGCGGCCCUUUUGCUCCACCGUCUUCUUGUUUACCUUUCCCCUUUUUGCCUUUGCUUUUGUCUCCUUUGUGCGGCUGCUGCUCCGCUUGCUUCCCCUUUCCUUUGUGGUAGCUGCUGCUGUUCUUCGUCGCCGAACUACUUCUACUACUGGAACUACUAGAAGAAGAAGGAGUCUGCUUCCCAGGUGCCAUUUUGUGGGACACCCGUGUCGACGUUGGACAGGCUUGAACGAGGUUGAUUGUAUUCUCCAUAACUCCCAUGGAUCCAACGGCAUCCAAGUUACUCACCGUCUCCCGAGCGUAAAUUAAACGGAGAAUGCAAUUGUGGAAGAAUGCGCUUCCUUCUUUCCUCAUUUUCCUUGCCAGGUCCCAAUACGCAGUCUGCAGAGCAAGACCCAUAUCCGAGCAUUGUCGACUGUAGUGAGAAUUCAUGUUCGGGCCGUGGUUGAUUAUCCACUCCUUCCAAACAUUCUUCUCUUGGACAAGCAUGCACGAUAAGCAUAGUUGGAAUGCUUUUGCGUAGUCGCCGUCCGACCUACAUCCUUUCAAAGUUGCGACGUGUCGCCCAAUGAUCUCGUAGAAGAUGUGACUCUUUAUUCCGAGAUCAGCUGGAAAAGCAGGCGAAGGGGGUCUUGUAGCAAGUGACACCUCGUUACCUCGGAUUGCUGACAUCAAAGAUUGACGCCAAGCCUCCGUCCCUUGUAGUCGUUGAGGCUCCUUCGGAACGAUUACUCUCGCGAAGCCCGACAUUUUGUUUUUGUUUUGGGUAGUUGUAAUCUAUAUUGUUAGAUAAUUACAAAAUACAACGGUAAACUAUUGAAGAAAUACUAUACGCGCACUAAAUAUUUAUGACUAGGACCCAGUUAGAAAAAGACGAAAAACAAACUUCGAAACAGUAAGCAAGAAUAUGCAUGAAAAUCCGAUAGCGUUUAACGAACUUAACAGAUGCAAGCAUCAAUACACACGAGAUCCGACAACGAACCUCGAUGAGUAGAAAAAAAAUUAAGUUUACUUUUUGGGUUUUGUUCCUGCGAUUUUAUGGCAUAGACUCACAAAUGUCGGCUUAUUAAGUGCCUUUGUGAAGAUGUCUGCCUUUUGCUCGUCAGUGGGACAGAAGUGUAGAUCUAAUUUCCCUUCUCCGACAACUUGGCGGAUCCAGAGUAAUUUAAGAUCCACAUGCUUGACCCGACGAACUUCUGGCGAUUCGCCGACCGCUUUCGCGCUUCGGUUAUCGAUCAUUAAAGGAAUUGGAGCUAAAGACUUUUUCAAGCGGCCACGUGGAUCCGUCGACUUUGAUUGUCGGCUAUUGCCUAGAUUUUCAAGUGAUUCCUGAAGUAGUCUCCGGAGGUAAACUGCCUCCCGCGCGAUUUCAGUCGCGGCUAUAAGCUCCGCUUCUGUCGUUGACAGUGCUACGACAGGCUGCUUUUUACUUCGCCACGCGAUAGGCGUGCUCUUGGUUUGGCCUAAUUCGACGAGACCUCCACUGACCGUUCUACGGGUCUUUUUACAUGUUCCCCAGUCAGCAUCUGUCCAAGCUUUUGGAGUUAAGUCACCGUCGCGACCAUCAAUGUCUAGGGCGAAGCUCCGCGUCUUGCGAAGAUAUCCUAAUAAUCGAUCACACACUCGCAGGGCCACUGGCGUGGGCUCCUCUAGACAUGUGGAUAGGUAUUGAACGACAUACGCAAUGUCAUACCGUGUUGAUGUACAUUGGUACAUGACCGCACCGACAGACUUCCGGUAGGUCGAUUUUUGUACGCGUGUAGCGAUUUUCGGGCGAGAUUUCUCAGAAGGCUCUUUUUCGAAACGAUCUAUCUCCGCCCGUGUUCUGGGAGUAUCGCACUCUUUCAGAGUUUUAUCUGAGUCAAAGUCCUGCAGAAUCUUAUCGACCAGAUUUUCUUGACUCAAGGCCAGUCUGCGUCUCUUCUUGAGAACGUUGAUGCCUAGAAACUUAUACAGUAGUCCGCCGUCCUCGAGCUUUUGCGGUUCGCGCGUAUUGUGUUCGAACCUGUCAAGGAUCCCGUUCGGGUAUGCAAAGAUAUGAGCACACAACUUCCAGGCAGUUAAAAACUUUCGAGCAGUUACAAGCCUGGCAGCCGCAAAGAAAUGAGGGGCCAGAAAGGGUGUCCAUACGGGGCCGCCACUCGUCUCGGGCAAGGAAGGGGCCGCCAGGGAGGCCAAGGCGUGCCGAAGUGGGCGUGAGUUGUUUGCUGUGUCUGUGUGUGAUUAUGGAGCGCCGCCUGCGAGCGCGCGCACGCGUGCGCCUUGUGAGUCGCGUCUUGCGAGUGUGGGCAGCGUCUUGCGAGCGCGAGCAUCGUCGUGCGAGUGGGGGCCGCGUCCUGUGGGUGCGCGCUGCGUUUUUGGGGUGUGAGUUGCGCCCUGCGAGUGCGAGGCGCGUCUUGCGAGUGUGGGCCCCGUCGUUUCUUGCGAGUGAGCCCAGUCGCGUCGUGCAAGUGAGCCCAGUCGCGUCUUGUGAGUGUGAGCCGCGUCCUGUGUGCGAGCGCGAGUCGCGUCGUGUGGGUCGCUCCUUGCGAGUGUGUGUCGCGGGUGUCUUGCGAGUGUGAGAGAGUCGCGUCCUGUGGGUGGGUGCGAGCGAGUCGCGUCCUGCGAGAGUGCGCCGCGUUCUGUGAGUGCGAGGCGUGUCUUGUGAGUGCGAGGCGUGUCUUGUGAGUGCGAGCCCCGCCCUGCGAGUGCGAGCCUCGCCGUGCGAGGCGCGUCGUGCGAGUGCGAGUGUGAGUCGGGUCCUGCGAGUGCGGGCCGCGCCUUGCGAGUGUGAGCCGCGUCUUGCGAGUGUGGGCCGCGUCUUGCGAGUUUGGGCCGCGUCCUUCGGGUGUGAGUCACGUCUUGUGAGUGUGAGGCGCUUCGUGUGAGUGAGUGCGAGCUGCGUCAUGCGAGUGCGAGCCAGGGGGCGGGCGUGGGUGUGAGUCGCGUCUCCGUGCGGGUCGCGUCUUCGUGUGAGUCGCGUCGCGUGGGUCGCGUCGUGUGGGUCGCGUCGUGUGGGUCGCGUCGUGCGGGUCGCGUCGUGCGGGUCGCGUCGUGCGAGUCGUGUCGUGCGAGUCGCGUCGUGUGAGUCGCGUCGCGUGGGUCGCGUCGUGUGAGUCGCGUCGUGUGAGUCGCGUCGCGGGAGUCGUGUCGUGUGAGUGCGCGCCGCGUCUUGCGAGUGCGGGCCGCGUGGUCGGUCUUGCGAGUGUGGGCCGCGUCAGUCUUGCGAUGUGAGCGUGAGCCGCGUCAGCCUUGCGAUGCGAGUGGGGGCCGCGUCGGUCUUGCGGUUGCGAGUGCGAGCGGUGUCCUGCGGUGUGAGUGCUAGCCGCGUCUCCUCUUGUGAAUGUGAGCCGCGUCUUGCGAGUGUGCGUCGCGCCGUGCGGGUGCGGGCUGGCUGUGUCUUGCAAGUGCGGGCCGUGUCUUGUGAGUGCGAGCCGCGUCCUGCGAGCGCGAGCCGCGUCUCGUGAGUGCGAGUCGCGUCUUGUGAGUGCGAGGCGUGUCGUGUGAAUCUGGGUCGUGUCUUACGAGUGUGGGCCGCGUCUCCUCUUGUGAAUGUGAGCCGCGUCCUGCGAGUGUGCGUCGCGCCGUGCGGGUGCGGGCUGGCUGUGUCUUGCAAGUGCGGGCCGUGUCUUGUGAGUGCGAGCCGCGUCGGUCCUGCGAGCGCGAGCCGCGUCGCGUGAGUGCGAGCCGCGUCUUGUGAGUGCGAGGCGUGUCGUGUGAAUCUGGGUCGUGUCUUACGAGUGUGGGCCGUGUCUUGCGAGUGUGGGUCGUGUGUUGCCUGUUGUGAGUGCGAGCUGUGUCGUGCGAGUCUGUCGCGCCUGGCGAGUGUGGGCUGCGUGCGUCUUGCGAGUGUGAACGCGGGCCGCGCGUGCCUUCCUUGGUGUGAGUGAGUGCGAUCCCCUUCUUGUGAGUGUGGGCCGCGUCUUGUGAGCGUGGGCCGCGUCUUGCGAGUGCGCGCCGCGCCUUGUGAGUGCGAGCCGCGUCUCGCGGGUGCUGGUGCGGGUCGUGUCUUGCGAGUGUGAGCGCGAGCCGCGCCCUGCGAGCGCGCGCCGCGGCGUCUUGCGGGUGCGGGCUGGGGUCGCGUUCUGCGAGUGCGGGCUGCGCCUUGCGGGUCGCGUCUGUCUUGCGAGUCGCGUCUUGCGGGUGUGAUUUGCGUCUUGUGAGUGCGAGCGCGUGCCGCGCUUUCUUUGCGGGCGGGGGUUGCUUUUUGCGUGUAUGAGUUGCGUCAUGAGUGUGAGUUUGAGUCGCGUCAUGUGAGUGCGGGCCGCGUCGUGUGAGCGUGAGUCGCGUCGUGCAAGGUGGAAGUGCGGGCCGCGUCUUGUGAGUGCGAUUCGCGUCCUGCGAGUGUGGGCCGCGGGCGUCUUGCGAGUGCGCGCCGCGCCUUGCAGGUGUGAGGGGCGUCGUGUGAAGUGAGUGCGAGGCGCGUCGUGCGGGUGUGAGAGAGGGUGAGCCGCGUCUUGCGAGUGUGAGUGAGCCAGUCGAGGCUUGCGAGCCGUGUCUUGUGAGUCGUGUCUUUUGAGUCGCGUCCGCCUGUGGUUCGUGUCUUCCUUGCGAGUGUGGGUCGCGUCUUGUGAGUCGCGCGCGUCAUGUGAGUCGCGCCUUGCGAGUCGCAUUUUGCGAGUCGUGUCUAGUGAGUGUGACAGUGGGCGGCGGGCUGUGAGUAUGGGCCGCUUCUUGUGAGUGCGGGCCGCGUCUUGUGAGUGCGGGCGGUGUCUUGUGAGUGCGGUCCGCGGGCGUCUUGCGAGUCGUGUCGUCUCUUGUGAGGGUGAGCUGUGUCUUGCGUGUGUUAGUCGCGUCCUGCGAGUGCGGGCUGCGUCUUGCGACCUGUAUCGCGUGGGAGCGAGCUUGUCGCGCUCGCGUCUUGUGAGUGCGGGCUGCGUGUCGUGUCUGUCUUCCUUGUGGCUGUGUGUGAUUUGCGAGCGCGGUGAGGGAGUCACCCCCUGAGAGUCGUGUCUUGCGAGUGCGGGCUGCGCUCGCGUCUUGCGAGUGCGGGCUGUGUGUGUGUCUUGCGAGUCAGUGCGAGUCGUGUCGUGUGAGUGUGAGCUGCCCCCCGUGAGGGUGGGCGCGGUCUCUCUGCGUCUUGUGUGUGCGGGCUGCGUCUUGUGAGUGUGAGCCGCGCCUCGCGAGUGCGCGCCGCGUCUUGCGAGUGCGGGCCGCGUCUUGUGAGUCGCGCACCGCGUUGGCGGGUCGCGUCUUCUCUUGCGGGUUCGCGCCGUGCCUAGCAAGUGCGGGCCAGCGAGCUUUGUCUUGUGAGUGUGCGCCGCGUCUUGUGGGCGCGAGCAGUCGCGUCGUGUGGGUGUGACUGAGUCGCGUCUCGUGGUUGUGAGUGUGGGCUGUGUCUUGCGAGUGUUAGUCGUGUCGUGUGAGUGUGGCCCGCGUCUUGCGGGUGCGAGCUUUUCGCGUCUCGUGAGGGAGUGGGAGCCGCGUCCUGUGAGGCUGAGGGAGUGUGGGCCGCGUGUGUCGAGCGGGUGCGAGCUGUGUCUCUCGAGUGUGGGUCUGUCGUGUCUUUCCAUUAGUGUCUUGCGGGUGUGCUGGGAGGGCUAUGGGUGUCUUGUGUGUUUGCCGUUGCCUCUCAUGUCUUCGCUGUUGUGGGUAAUUAAGUGUGGCGCUUGUCUUGCGUGUACUAUGGCUAUGGCCGCGCCUUGCGAGUCGUGUGGGCGCGUCCGUCGUGUCUGGCAAAGGCAAUUAUAUUUUUGCGUGGCUUUCUUAGCGACGCUGACAGCGUGGCUUCCAAGUAGGUGCGCCGCAGCUUAUAAGGCGCAUCGGCGCAAAUGCUUGCAAAGCGGGCCACAGGGCGCCGCGUUGUGCUGGGGGUUGCUUGCUUUGUAGUUUGUAUAGGUGUCUUACCAUACAGCUGGUGGGCCAAAUGGGGCGGGAGGACUGUCAAAAAGAGGCGUGGGGAAAUUGCUGAAAAGGUGCCCCGCAUUGUGAAAAAGAUCCGCGGGGCCCUGGGACUGCUGAGAAGAUCCAUGGCGCCUGGGGACUGCUAAAAAGAGCAGCCGCGACUGCUUAAAAGAGCAGCCCCGACUGCUAAAAAGAGCAGCCGCGACUGCUAAAAAGAGCAGCCGCGACUGCUAAAAAGAUCAGUCAGGACUGCUGAAAAGAGCAGUAUGGACUGCUGAGAGAGCUGCCUGGGCUGCUAAAAAGAUCGCGCGGAGGCCGUUGCCGUUAGUUUUUCCGUUGGUUUUCCGCUAUCUGUUAGUCUGUUAGUGUCUCCGUUAGUUUAUCCGUUAAUUUAGGAGACCCAAAUCUUUUAAGCAGUUCAAAGAAUCUUUUUGGCAGUUGUCGAAUCUUUUCAGCAGUCGGCCAAUCUUUUGAGCAGUGCAACUGCUAAAAAGAUCAGUGUUCAAUCUUUUGUUUAACGCCGUUCCGAACCGCGGCUAUGUCCUCUUUCCGACCUAGAAAGACUAUGCCAUCCACGUAUGCGAGCAUGCACACACGGCGCUCGCCGUGAAAAAACAUGGACGGUUCGUUUGAGCUCUGUUUCCAACCGGAGCUGGUGGCGUGUCUUGCGAACGUCUUAGCCCAGAGAGCUGGAGCACUUUUCAAUCCAUACAGGGCUUUCUUGAGUUUCCAUCGGACAUUUUCCUUUCCUUUGCGCCACUCGGGGGGUGGUAUGCAGUAGACGUCCUCGCCGACUAUGUCUGCAUAUAGGAAAGCUGUCUUGACAUCAUAUUGCUCGAGAUCAAAGUCUAGCGCCAUGGCUAUCCUGAACAUGAGCCGAAUAUUUGGGAUCCGAGGGACGGGCGAGUAGAUGCUCUCUUGGUAUUCUACUCGGUUUCCGAGCACGACGGCGCGACACUUGAGUCGCCCACAGUCUUUGACGUUAUAUAGUACUCGCAUCGGCACAGCCUUCGCUCCUGGAGGCAGGUCGUUGACCGAUAUUUCAUCGAAUACGUCUCGCCCCUUGAUCGAGUUUAGCUCUGACGCCAGCGCGGCGGCCCAGCCUCCUGGAUCCUCUGCGAGUGCCUGUUUUCGCGUCAAGGUCCUUAGCAGGAGGACAUACUCAUCGUGGGUCAGAGCGUCCGUAGUGUCGCCAAUCUCGAUUUCUGAUAGAUUCUCGAUGAUGUUGGCUAUAAAGUCGACAUUCUGAGGGGACAGGUCCUCGAUGAAUGUGACUGCCGCAGUGUGUCCACUGGGAAGCAAGGUCUCCUCUUCCUUGUGCUUACUGCGUCUCUCCAGUUCUCGCUGCGGGUUAAGGUGUACAGGCCGACUCUCUAAGCCCAUUUCCUCACGGAGCGCUUCCGCGAGUGCCACUGAUCUAUGGCGACCUUUCGAGCACUGGAGCGCGCGCUUUCCGCUCUUUUUGAGAAGUUUGGUCGCAUCGCUGAGGAAUUGCGAGUAGUUCUCAUGUGUCUUGAUACCGUCAGACACUUCAGCACAGAGGCCUGUGCUGUUUGGAAUGUACCUAGCUGGAUCAGCUGGAAAAUAUUUAUUGACUCGGAGAACAGCCGCGCUGAGGCGCUUGAGCUUGGCGGGGAUUUUGUCUCCACAGCUGAAGAGUUGACACCGACUCAGAUUCUUUGGGACUUGGAGCUUCUCCAACAUAUCACGCGUGAGACGGACUACGGACCCCGACUGUGCGGCGUCAGCCUUUUCUGGUUGUCCACUGUCUCCACUUUUGUCCGGUUUCGCUUCGGGAGCGAUGGACGGGCGGGAUGUAUCCCCCCUGUAUGUUGGCUCCGCGCCAGAGUCUACUUCCCUGGUCCUGAUGACCUUUUUCUUCUGCUCGUCCCAGACUAAAUAGUCUGGCGAUAGGUGCGAGUAUCCUACAAAAAUACCCGGAAGAUACGCGCGCUCCAUCUUCGUUUUCACGAAGUUUUUGUAUCGGCAAGGCGUCCCGAAGGUCCGCAUAUGCUGCGCGCCGGGCUUAACCCCGUUACGCUUUUCGUAGGAGCUCACGCUCCCGAGUAUCGCGCGUGGCGACCUGUUUAAUGCAUAGCAGAAUGCCUGUGCCGCGAAACCCCAAUAGGUGUCUGGGAGUCGCGCUGUAUCUAGGAGACACUUCAUCCCCUGCAUGACGAGACGAUUAUGAACUUCCGCGCUACCAUUUUGCGCCGGUGAGUACGGUGAUGUCUUGCGCGGCCUGAUGCCGUGCUUUCUCAACAGUUUGAGGAAGUCGCCGUCGAAUUCUUUUCCGUUGUCCGAGCGGCAGACUUUCGGCACUCCAAACAUGUCCAUCCAUUUCUGGAGUCCGGUGUAUGCGUCGCUUUUGCGCGCAAUUGGGAAGACUUCUACCCACGAGUCAUAUCUAUCCACGAUGAUGGCCCAGUAGCGGUUGCCGCCUAUCGAUUCAGGUAGCGGCCCGCAGAGGUCCACGCUGAUUGUGUGCCCAGCUUCGGUCGGGAGGAGUCGUUCGCGCGUUUCUUUGCUGAACGGUUUCCGGCGAGCCUUAUUCAGUCGGCAAGCCUCACAGGACGGCAUGUAGGUUGAAUGCCCCAUCCUGUUGUGGAUGACCUCUUGGGUCACGUUGAGCUCUCCCGAGUCCAGGUCAGGCCUGUAGCUGAGGCGGAAGAAGUAUAGUCCUCCCCUCUUUGUGAUUGGGAUCAGCGUCCCGCUAGGUGUUCGCAGUCCGUCGAAAUUUUCUGUGACGGUAAAACCUGCGUCCAAGAGCAUACUGAGACUGGCGAUAUUUCGCGCCAUUUUCGGAUUAUAGUACGCACGGCGAAGGGCCAACUUAUGCCCGUUGUCUGCCGUUAGUGUCCGUAGUGAUGCCAUGUAGCCGCCAUUAACAUGCGAUCCAUCCGCUUGUUGGAUUUUCCCGCCGUCUUUGGUCGGAGCACGGAUCAUGUUGGAGUCUUUGACACAAAAUAUUGUGGCUCCACUGUCUAAGAUCCACUCAGUUUCGAUCUCAUCGCUGACAGUGUGCAGAAGGAUGCUUUCGAAUUCUUGAACCGUGCGCAUGCACGCCUGAUCCAAGGGCUGCCGAGUUCCUUCUUUCUGUCCCGUCGCGGACUGAUGCUGCGACGUGUCGAGAAGUUGUUUUUGGUCGCCCUCGCUGACGACUGGCUCGCAGAUGGGACACCCAUCCUUUUGCGAGUCUUGCCUGCACGCACACGACGGAGGUUGCCGCGGCGCCAGACUGUCUUUGUCAAUAGCAUUGACGAGAUCAACUCCCUUCUCACGAAGGAAAUCGAUCCAGUGUACACUUCGUUCCUUUGCUCCAUGCAUCCCAUGGAGGCUUUCUGAUCCAGGUGGACGCCACCCGCCACUGGAUCUUCUUACCUUGGGCACGGGGACCGAGUACGAUACUAAUCCCGUCCCAAGGUUUUCCAUCCUUCUCUUUUGAGAUUCGCUGUUGAGUCACAACGGCGGCACAGCGCCGCCGAGCACUGUGAUGCGCGAGGCGAUGCCGUCCCUCUUCUUGCCUGACCCGGAUGGAUUGGUAGUCAUGCCCUUAGGCUGAUCCUUGUUUUGCGAUCCUCCAUAUUUUCCUCCUUUACCUUUUCCUUUGCCCUUACCUUUACCUUUACCUUUUCCACUGACCUCUGUCUUCUUUUGAGCCUGCCUGGAGAGUAUCUUCUUUGCCUGUUCGGAGAUUGGUUUGGUGCAUUGCCACAUCGUGUGCGCCGAAGAGCCACAGUUGUAGCACGUGCCAGCUUUGUGCUGUUUGAAUGUUGCAGGUGGGUCCGUGACUUGAAAGACUUCCUCAGCGCCCGGCGUGCGUGUAGCAGCGCGCCCGUCCAAGUUGACUUUGUUAUGCAAGGAGUAUUUUGUUUCCUUGACAACAUUCUCCAACUCGAAGUCGCCUCUGAGGUCUCUUUGGAUUCCCUGCAUUUCUUGCGAAGGGAUGUCACUCCCGAUGCCUUUGAGGUAGCACAUUCCUGCAACCUGCUCCAUCGUCAUGCCCUUGACUUUGGCAUAUAUGAUGCGGAAAUCUCGCUCCGCGCUGACAACGUUUUUUGAGGAUGCUUGGAACUCGAUGAGCUGCCAAAAGUCAUCCCAGAUUUUCUGCUGUUGACGGGGAUUUAUCCACCGCUCUAGUUCUUCCAGCAGUUCCUCGACGGUUGCGAAGGUUUUCGUCGCAAGGUGGUCGGCGCAUUCUUGUCCGAUCUUGAUGGACUGUUCGACGCGAUAGACGAGAUCAUCCAAAUCGAGAUGACGCUCAUACGUCGCGCGAAACUUUGCGAGCUUCUUGAGCCACAUAUCGUGCUCCUCAAUCUUUUUGAGUGGCACUAUGUUUUGCUCGACCUUUAUCCUGCGGCGCGACUCCACCGUUUUCCACGGUGUUUUGUCUUCAUCCUCCUCCGCCGGUGGAGGGGUUUCCUCACCCGUUUGCGAGGGGUCCUCCUCUUCGUCCGAUUUGGCGAAGUCCGUAUGGUUGUCGAUUAGGCUACUGUAGAUUUCACCGACUUCGUUGUCCUCUUUGAGAGUAUUUAUCUCCUGGAGGCAAGCAUCAAUUUGCGAUUUCAGAACUCGCUCUUCCCAGAGUGGGUCUCCCUCUUUCAGAGGUUUAGCACCCUCAGGCCAGUCUUCCCUCUUGAUUUUGCAGUAGACGAAUCUGCCGCCGCCGUGUGCUUCCGAGGGGUAGCAGUCUACUUCGGCAUCUUCGUAGUCAGGUGAGCCGUCGACGUUGAUGACGCCGCGCCUGUACUUGGUGCUGCCUUUUCUUUCGGCAUUGUAGUAUUCUGGCUCAAUGUAGACAAACGCCAUUCCACUGAUGACAUACUGCUCCAAGCGCUUCACGCGCGCAGCGUAAAUUUUCAUGGCUGGGGCCAUUUUUUUUUUUCAGUGGGGUGGGAUCCUGAUCACCACCGAAGCACCCGAGAUAUCGCGCCUUGGCGAAUUGCCGCUAGCUUUCCCACUGUGCAAGCCUCUUUAUGGGGAGAUUUUGCACGGGAUCCGACUCACGUCAAAGGGCAAGUAACAAAAUCUGCCGAAAAAAGACAAGGUGUUAGAUGGACGCGCAGCCGUGUGUCGCGAUAUCGCCCCUUCCGGGGUUUCGGGCGCACGAACUUCUCCGCCAAACGAAGAAGGACGCGUCUUUUUGUGGUGUUGCGGUCGCCUGGGCGAGCGCAGGUUUUUACUUUUGAAGCAGUCGCGUUUCGCGAAAGCUCGUUUUUCUCUUUCUUAGGUGCCGUCGGACUCAGUCCGAGGGUCUUUAGGUGUGCCGUGGCGACGGCUUUGCCCUGUCUUCGGUCGUACCGUGAGACUUUUUUUUCUUGUCUAGCUGAGGCCGUAGCCAAAGCUAAUCUGAAUUACUGUCGAGGAGCCACACCCGAACAGCUACAGACUUUUGUUUAUGGCUGCUGCCGACUAAGUCGGGAGCUUGGUGCCUUUUCUGUUUUGUUUUAGUUGCCCCGCCACUGGGCUAAAGUUGGUUUAUUUUUGUGAAGCAGAUGCUGAGUCUGCUUUAGGGUCGACGGGAUCGCUUUCGACGUAUCGAAGAACAAUGCCGCCUGGAGAAACGCGUGGGGCCAAAAUCCGACUGAAUCGGGACUACCACUGCGUACAGGAACGAAGACGCCAAAUUUUUCUAACCUAAAAAACCAAAAAAAUACUAGACCAAAAAAGUCAAAAAUUUGGUGGGUUCUAAGUCAAAAAAAAAUAUUCUAGUGCGCGUAUAAAAGGCUAAUAACUCACUGUUUGUGAACACUAGGACUGUACAUUUUCACCCUUGUGGUGAUGCGCUUUUUUAUAUAAUUCCCGGCUUGUUUCAGUUGUGCAAAUCGUGAAGGUUUUGCAUGAUUCUCAUGCGGUUGCAAAGUUGUCAAAUGUGUGGACCUUCUUGUUCAUAAGUAUCACGAUAAGGAUCCACAUCAUUAGCAUGGUACUCCAGUGGUGUGAUCUUUGUCACUAUGGGAUUGCAACGAUUUCCAUCAUGUUCAUGCUGUUGAUGAUCUUCAUACUCAUGAAAGUACUAGGAUCAUCGUGCUCAUCUUCUUCAUCUUCUUACUUCUAUCAUUUGCAGAACAGGGGAACUGGAUCAGAAUGCCGCGCCCCAACAGAAGUCGUCAAGCCCCUUUCAUCUGUCGACGAGACAUCUCUCCGAGGACUAGGAGCCAAACGACCCUCUACUCGUAUUAUCAAUACUGAUGUUACAUCAGUUACACGCUUAUUUAAUACUAGUACUACUAGUCCCAAUAAAGCUAAGCCAGCACCUUCUACUUCUAGCACUACCAGUAUUACCAAAGCUCCUGCAACAGCACGCUCAAAAACACGUCGAUUGCCACAGGGUCUUCGUUUAGUACCCAAGCUCACGCGACCGGGAUGUCCUCCAUGGGCAAACACAAGGGUCUUCAAUAAAGGGUCUUCAACAAAUGAAGAACCAACAAACACAACUCCGCCAACAAACAACAUAAGCGCGGGAGAUGUUGAGGAAGAUGAUAGAAAGAAUGUUCUCAGUCGGACAACUUUGGAGCAGUGUCUUAUUGUCCAUAUUGCUACGACAAUGCGAUGGUCACCAGGAAUGCUAGGAAUGAUCUUUUAUACCGAUGGAGGCUCUGCAGAAGAACAAGAAAACUCAGAUGGGGCUUCUAUUAAGACUAGGACACCUUCUAGUACUUUUAUCACCUUCUUCUAGUCUACUAGCUGUAGUAAGUACUCUGGGGAACGGGAACAGGAGCUUUUUCAUAAUAUCAAAGCAGUAGAAGUGAAUUACCACCAACGCCUCACUGCAUUUUGAGUUACAUUGCUUAGUAACUUACAUACUUAGUAUUUCUUUUGACAGGCACUCGCAAGUUAAAGAUAGAAUGAAAUGAAAGAACAGGAAAAAUUUGAGGUAUCUAUCGUGCUACUUUUGAAAACAGUGAAAAUAAUGUACCCUGCUACUUUAUUUGAAAACAGUGAGAAUACUCAUUCUAUGCACGAAUACUAAAUGAGUAGUCCUAGAAAUACUAACUCUAUCUUCUACGGUAAAAAUAGAGUAAAGCUAGUCUUCACAAAAAACUAUACUUUCUGUGUGAGUACCAAAAAAACCUGUAACGAGGCCACUUCUAAUUCCAAUAUCAGCAAAGUCGAACAUGAAGAAAAGAACUCUGCUUCUUCUCUUCCUCGUGGGGGUGAGGCAAGUUCUCUAUUACCUGAAAGAAACACGAGUUUCCUCAAUAAUGCAACGGCGCCCUCCGAUUUUGAUCCAAUAUAUUUGGCCCCAGAGUUAGCGAGAUAUCCCCACGAGAGACCGACAAGAGCUGCUGACAGUUGGAGUCUGGGCAUGCUGCUGUUUGAGCUCCUGACUGUUAAGGCCUGUAAAUCAUUGUUCCGAUACAGCACCUCCUCAUAUAAGACUAAGAGUCUUUUUUAACUCGUUAAAUUUAGGAAGAAUUAACAAAUACAUAUAGAUACAAAGUCAAAGACUCGUCUCUACGGAUGCAGCUAUGGACAGCAUUUGUAUUGCUCUGGUAUUCGGUAACCUGAUUUUGAUCAUAAGGGAAAACAAGAAGGGAAUCCUUGUGAUCAAAUUCAGGCUACCAAAUACUGGAGCCAUUCACCAGCAGAGACGCACACAUCACAUGACAUCCAUCUUCCUCCUCAGUAUCUUCUAAGUUUUGUCGUCGCCCUUUCGCGUCGUUUAAUGUGCUGCCGAGUUUUUUGCAUCGCCUGGCCUAUGACACAGAUAGAUUGGUAGAGACCGAGAUCCUGCGAACGAUCUGUUCUACCUUGCGGUUUUACGUAGAGAAACGGUUGGGCAUUGAUACUCAGGACGCGACGUUUCUACGCGAUGCCAGCGACAACGUUGACGGAGAAGGUGUGAUUAAGAUUGAAGAUUAAGAUUGGUACAAUUACAAAUAGUAUUUCGGUAUCUACUUAUAAAAAGGCAGGGUAGUACAUCAACUAAUACUAAAUGAUUCCGUUGUAGAAAGAUGCCGUUGUAGAUUAGAUUUCUUGCCCACGCCGGGUACCAUAGUAGAUGAAAGCAAUGACAAGUGUUCCCUCUUCCUUCCUCUGGUUCUCUCUACUCAGGGUUCUCUCAACUUCUCUGGGGAACAACUUAUAAUCAUUAUUCUCUACUCAGGGUUCUCUCAAUUUGGCUACAAAUACUGCAAGAGCUGCAAGAACCUGAAGUAAAAGAUUCUCCUUGUUGGGGAAUCUUAUACUAUGACUAAACUAUACUAAGGGGCGGGCUUAUUUCUAACCUCAGAAGGCUCUUCGAAGACGGGAACGGGGUAGAAAAGGAGAUCGAACAGCUUGAAGCGAUAGCCGGAUUUUUUUUCGACGAAAAUUGGACGAGUGGAUUGGACGCGCGGUCUCGUGUUGGCCUAAGAGUCGGAUGUUUAGAGGUCCCGAAGCUACUGCGUAAUCGCUCAACCAUGAAAGAUGUACAUGAAAAACUUCAAACAUUGCAUGAUGCUGGAGGUGCUGCUGCAUGUUCGUAUUGAGGAUUGAGGUUUUUAUGGAGCAACAGGACAAAGUAGAUGGUACAUCAAGUAUGAUUAUGUAUUCCAUCGUCUUCGUUAUUGAAGCAACACAUUCAUAACGAUGUCACGCACUAUGACGAAGAUGAGGGCGUCGCUUUUAUAAGAGGG